CAGAAGUUUGAAGCCAGGUUGUGUUUUGGUGCACACAGGUUGAUCAACAGGAGUUACUGAACAUUAGGGAAAUUAGACAUUUUCAAACUUCCAAAUGUAUUUAUUCCUUGAUGAGGGGGUCAUUUGUGUUAUUCCCUGAGCGUCUAGUUUGAGAUUGCGUUUCUGGAAAUCUGAUUGAGCGUACCAAAGGUAACAUAGCCUACUCCCAAGAACACUGUCUUAUUAGCCCUAUUAAGCUAAAUGUCAUAAUGCCCUGAGAGACCCUCACACAGUCUGCACCUAUUUGUCUGACAUCCCCAGGACGGUCAAACCCAUCCGCCUUGGCUGAUAGGGAGAUGGCCUUGGAUUCAGACAGCGACAACAGAGGUUUGUCACGAAGCGCGCAUGAAAAACAUCCUCGGGCGGCGUUGGAGCGCGGCGGCUAUGUAAGAGCACGUGUGAAGCCCCUGCCACGGGACGCCGACGACCAUCAGUCGUGGACGAGUAGCGGAGCAGCCGUGACAUGGAGGAGUUUCCGAGGAGCGUCGUCUGCCGUCUGCGUGGCUUCAGUCUCGCUUAUUCUCGCUCUGCUGCUCAGAUUGGUCGGUUGGGACGCAGGCCUGGUAGGCGCACUACAUUACAGCCACGAAAAUAGCAGCGAAUCCCGUCCUGCUCGUCGUCGUCUUCAUUGUGCAGCAGCAGCGGUAGCGAGCGGCGCUGCUGAGCUCCUCCUAGCCGCGUGGUACCUGCUUUCUCCCGUGUUUACCCUCGCAUGUGCCUUCUUCUGGAUCGGGCUUUAUCUGCGUCGCCGCGGGGUAGGGGUCCGGACGGCGGUGUGGUCGCUGGCGGUGUGUUGCCUGAGCGAAGCGGCGGCACAGAGCCUCCCGUCCCGCGGCCGCGGUGCAGAGGAGCAGCUCGUGUCUCUCCCGGUCACCCUGGUGGUCCUCGGCUGCCUGGCCGGUGGGACUCUGCAGGUCGUCACGGGGCUGGCCCAGGGAGUGUCCUCGCUUGUCUUCAUCAGCGGCAUCCGGGUGGUCUCACUCGUGUCUCUGAGAGGAGUCGGGGCCUGCUGGAGACCCUACCUGGCCUACCUGCUGGGGCUGCUCGGGGUUUUGCUUGCGAGGUAUGCUGACCGGCUCCUGCCGGCCUCAGGGACCAGCGGGACGGGGUGCUGUGGCUCUGUGACCGGGGCGAAGGAGGAGGACAUCCCGGUCUUCAAGCGGAGACGGAGGUCCAGCUCCAUAGCGGCCUCGGAGAUGAUGGCUCAAGCGCAGAGCAACAGCAAGUCCCACCGCAGGACCUCGCUGCCCUGCAUUCCGCGGGACCACCAGUGGUCGGGGGCGAGCGUGGCGGUGGACUUGGCGGUGAUGGGCGAGGCCCAGGGGCUCAUCUCCGACAUGCUGGCCGACCCCUCCCUCGCCCCCAACACCUGCAGCUCCCUGAAGGCCGUCAGCACCCUCCUCAGCACCCAGUUCUCCCUGCGGCCGCUGCACCGGCCCCGCUUCCCCACCGACCCGCAUCUCUGCUCCGACACCGAGGAGGGGGGCGGGGGAGGAGGCGGUGGGAGGGUGGAGAAGCUGGCCCUCCCCAAGCGUCUGAGGCGUAGCCUGCCCCCGGGGUUACUGCGGAGGAUCUCGUCGACCUGGACCACCACCACCUCAGCUACAGGGCUGCCCACCAUAGAGCCAGGACCAGUACCCAGGGACCGCUCUGCCAGCAUCAAACUCAUCCCUGACAGUGAGUCGUGGAACAACUCCCUGAUGCUGACCAUCUCUAAAAGCCGCUCCAUGUCAGCCUCCUGCGCUGCUUCCGUCACCUCCAACCACUUCUACAGCAAACCACUGGCAAGAACAGGUUACCCUCCCCCCCCGGCCUCCCCCCUGGGUUCACCCUGCCCCUCCCCCCCACCCCAGGCCAGCCCGCUCUCCAGCCCCAUUGCUAAGACCUGCCCCGUGGAGCUGCCUGAGCCAGUCAGACCCCCGGCGGAGCGCACCCCUUGUCCCGGGGCCCCCAGGAGCCGCCAUCGAGCCCUCACACACAGCCAGAGCGCGCCCAGCUCCACCACCCUCCACUGGAGACCCCCCUCGCUCUGUACCGGCUGUGGCCGGCCCCUCAACAAUCGUCUGAACCAUGGCACAGAAUCUAUAGACAAAGAGGAGAGAGUCCCCCACACGGAUGAGCGUGCGGUUGCUUCAUCGGACUACGACAGCACCUACGACAGCACCUUCGAGACCAACCACAGUGACAGCAGCGACUUUGCACAGAACGAUGAAGAGGGGGAAGGGGGGGGCAAGAAGCCCCCCGAGGUCCGGGAUGGGCCCGGGCCGUAUCGGAACGAGGGCAUCAGUCUCCACCCCCUUGUCCCUGAUUCCCCCGAGAAGGAGAAAGCCUCCCAGGCCCUGGAGGUGGUGGGCCUUCCCGACCUGCAGCCCCUCAUGGCGCAGCUCAACAGCUGGAACUUCCCCAUCUUCAGCUUGGUGGACAAGACCCACGGCAAGACCGGCUGCAUCCUCAGCCAGGUGUCCUACAAGCUGUUUGAAGACACAGGUCUGUUCGAGACAUUUAAGAUUCCAGUGCAAGAAUUUAUGAACUACUUCGGUGCUUUGGAAAAUGGAUACAGGGACAUCCCAUACCACAAUCGGAUUCACGCCACCGACGUAUUGCAUGCAGUGUGGUACCUAACCACUCAGCCAAUCCCCGGCCUGACCCACCAGCUGGAGGACAGUAGCACACACCCAGACUCUGCCAACGGCCUCAGCCCCAGCGCCACCGGCCUGCUGUGCUCCAAGAUGAGCCCCCAGCAGGGGGAGGGCUACGGCUCCCUGGCCGGGCUCAUCCCGGCCCUGGAGCUCAUGGCGCUGUACGUGGCCGCUGCCAUGCACGACUACGACCACCCGGGCAGGACCAACGCUUUCCUGGUGGCCACCAGCGCCCCACAGGCGGUUCUGUAUAACGACCGCUCUGUGCUGGAGAACCACCAUGCGGCGUCCGCCUGGAACCUCUUCAUGUCGCGGCCAGAGUUCAACUUCCUCAACAACCUGGAGCACGGGGAGUUCAAGCGCUUCCGCUUCCUGGUGAUUGAGGCCAUCCUGGCCACCGACCUCAAGAAACACUUUGACUUCCUGGCUGAGUUCAACGCCAAGGUGGGCGAAGAGGGCGUGUCCUGUAUCGAUUGGACCAAUGAAAACGACCGUCUCUUGGUGUGCCAGAUGUGCAUCAAGCUGGCAGAUAUCAAUGGUCCACUGAAGUGUAAAGAGCUGCACCUGCAGUGGACCGAUGGCAUCGUCAACGAGUUCUACCAACAAGGUGACCAGGAGGCCAGCCUGGGCCUCCCCAUCAGCCCCUUCAUGGACCGCUCGGCGCCCAAGCUGGCCGAGCUGCAGGAGUCCUUCAUCACGCACAUCGUCGGCCCCCUCUGCUCCGCCUACGACUCGGCCGCGCUCAUGCCCGGCUGCUGGGUAGAGCGCCGGCCGAGCGCCACCGCCACCGUCACCCCCACCACCACCACCACCAACACCCCCACCAAGGACGUGGAGGCCGGCGACGUCGGGGAGGAGCUCGAGGAAGUCGAGGAUGAGGAUGAAGACACGGCAGAGGAAGACGAUUCGACCAGCUCCGACACCUCCCAGAUACAAGACCCUCUGCGGAAGACCAGGAGAAAAGUAUUUUGCCAAAUCACACAGCACCUCCUCGACAACCACGAGAUGUGGAAGAGGGUCAUCGCCAAGGAGAGCCAAGAGCAGGCCCAGAAAGAGGAUUCAAACUGCCUCAGUGGCCCCGGCGAGCCAAUCACAGCCAUCAUUCACGAGGAGGAGGAGGAGUCAGCAAGCAAAGAGGAAGAGCCGGUCAACGGCAUCGAGGAAGAGGAUGAGGUAGAGCCGAUCGAGGGAGAGGAAAUAUUUCCAGAGACAUUGGUGGAAAAGGAGGAGUAGCCAAACGUAUCCUAUUUUCUGGUUGUUUAACGAACUUUGAACUUCGACCUUUUAAACUAAUACAAUUUAUUUCCUUCUUUUUGAUAAUCUCUUGAUGCGGUAGCCAGCACAUCACCUUGACACAACACUGUAGAAGAUGUUCCGGGUAAUUUGUGCCUCAGAAAAAAAAUAACAGGGUGGAGAUUCACGGAGGACGUCUGCUAGGUGCAAUAAGCAAGGGAAGGGAGGGGGGGGGGACUUGGAUAGAAAGAAAACACAAGAGAAAGAAAUCCUGUAUGUCUGUGACUGUGUGUAUAGUUUGUCUUAUAAUUAGCGAAGUAUGUUGCCAGCUGUCUGUUGCCCUCAUCUUGGAAAAGAGUGUCAUUCUUUGGAACCACGGCCGAUAGAAAAGGCUCUUCAUAGCAUUAAUAAUUUACAGAUCAUCCCCGCCCAAGAGUAGCCAUGGGUGCAUCCGAAUACUAAGUAUACUAUUUCUGUGCAGUGUCUACUACUUGACCGUUAAUGUAGUACGUUCUACAGCUAUGCGUAGAACACCUCCGAACGCUUCCGAACACCACCGAAACGCCACCGGAUGUUUGGAGAUCAUGUCCUAAGUCACCUGCGAUAAUCUACCGUUUUUUCUUCUACGGUUACCAGACUCCGGCUGAAUUGUGGGAUAGCGUAGUGACCUACUGUUGUAUACUGUGGCAGUAGUAUGCAUUCGGAAACUGUUUACCUACUACACAAUGCGUACGGAGCAUUCGGACGCGCUAUAUUUGUGACGUACUACAAAAUGCCUACUAUAUAGCAGUCAAGUAUGAGUAUUCAGAUGCAUCAUAUGUCUCUCACGACAUCACCAGUGCAGAGGCGUCCCCUGAAAGCCUCUGGCUCGUGAAAUAGGCCCUUGAGAAGCAAUGGAACAAUAAGAACCCAUCCCACGCUAAGAACCGAAUACGACGUUUAACAAAGAACCCUGUAGCUCUUAAAAUACGUAAUUCAAAAAGCUUUAUUCUCGCUCAAGGAAAACGCAUACAAAACAAUUUUUUCUCAUGUUAAUAUUCUUUAGUUUCCAUCCCUGCUCUAUUCCUUGUGUCUCUUCAUGAAACUCACUCGAGUUACCUAUCCCAUCACAACGCUCAGGAAGAACCAACACAGCCGGGGAAGCAUACUGAAUCUCUGCAGAAUCAUAUUAUGAACUUUGUUACGUAUCUAUCAGACUUAUAUGGUAGAUAAGAUAAUGAUGAAACUAAACUUAAUCCUCACAUGCAUGACAUUUAGUCCGUCAAUGUCACUUUUUUAUAAAGCUAAAGUAAGAAAGCCAUCUUUUCCAAUACACAUGGUGAAAUAAAGAACGGCGUGAAGCCACUUCAAACUGACUUCCCUUCCUUCAGGGAGUCCAACUAGGAGCUCCCCUUGUCUGGUGCAGCCAUGGCAAACCUGUAGGUAGGCCUAAACACCAGGCAGACCAGUGGAUCAUGUUCCAUAUUAAAUGUAGCAAUUGUAGCUGACCCUCCAGGCUGCACCCGGCUAGAAGACUUCAUGGCUCCACAUUCCCUGCCUGCUUAAGCGACAGCUAAUCAUCACUUCAUUUCACAUUUUCCACGCUAUCGUCCAUUGAGUUCAAUGCUCCCAAGGUCAGGGAAGGUACGCUUUACAGGUCGCCUCACUUAUUGACAUAGUGCUGGUUAAACAUAGUUUUUUUUUAUAUCACUGACUUACUUACCUCCAUCAUAUAUGCUGUUGUUCAUUGUUCACGGGAGCUCUUACUGAAUGGUAUGUAGGCUGUGUGUUUAUGUGAACCAGGCCAGGAAAUAAUCUUCAACUCUUGAAGGCCGCUGAACAUGUUGUCCCCAUAUUAUACCAAUAGCACAUUGUUAGUCGACCCUUUGACACAAGGGAAUACUUUAGUAUAGAUUCCACUAGGAUCGGUGUCACAGUGAGGCUGAGGGUGAGGGGUUUCAGAGCAUGAUGAACGUCCCUUUAAUUUGACAUUAUGGAGAAGGAAAUGGCAGUAGAUUCAGAUGGGGAGAAUGCUUGGAUUCCUUAUCAGUGAUUUAUGCACUUCUGGAGACACUCACUCACUAACACGCACUCACUCACCAUCACUUACCUCUGACCAGGUCUAGAACUUUGACAUUGAUGGAAAUUGGGAUCCUAAUGAUGACGAUGAUGAUAAUGAGGACUGUAGGCAUAAUUGGUUGUUUUUUUUACCAAUGAGACAAUGAGGUUUGAUUGAAACGCAUGCUUUUGUCCAAUUUGAAGUUGUUUUACCUGUUUUGUUUGUGUUCCAAACAAAAAGAGACACUUUUAUAUUAAUUCCAAUUCAUCCAUCAAUAUUUUCAAAUGAAAGUUAUAGGUCGUGCUAAAACUUAGAAAGGAAGCAAACAUACAUUUGUACCCAAGCUUUCCAUGGUCCAUGUUGAAUUGGCAUUCUACCUAAAGGGAGAUUAAGAGAUUGAUGAAGGAUUUGAAGGUGGAUCUAAUGGUAUAAUGGGGCAGUUUUUCUCCCACUAAGCUCAUUAAGAGUUUGGGUCAUUACGUAUGCAAAAUAGUUUCAUGAAAGAUAUCUCUUAAUGAUGAUGCCUUUCUUCUCUCCCAACACAAACAAAAACCAGCAAAUUAAAAAAAAAAAAACAUCAGCACUCCUCACCAAUUUUUGAGGAGUGCUGAUGGAUUUUUGGACAGUACAUCUUCAACACUGUGUCCAAAUCCUUAACUUUAAUUGUUGCUAAGUAGUCCAAAUAGGUAUGGUCUCAAGUCUUAAGACAAAGCUGUGUCGAACAAUUUCACUUUUCGCACGUAGUAUCUGCAUUCACUAUAACAGUUGAAAAGCUAAAAAAAGGUUGAGGUUCAGUUUGAAUACAUUUUACAUUUUCUAUGGUUUGUGGCAAACCAACAUAUUUAUUUGUAUAACUUUGAACUAUAGAUUUUUUUUGGACCACAACACAAAGACAGAGAACGUCAGACAAAAAUAAAAUAUAGGUAACUAAUAUUUGAAUCAUGCAGGAAUGGUAAUAAGACACAAGUUUUGAAAUAACGUCAAAAAGUUAAUGUUGCCUUGGUAGGACCAGUAUUGAACCUCUAUAAACAGAACUGUGAUUUAUUUUUUGUCAAUAUAAUGUAAAGCUUAACUCUGAGGGUGGUUUCAUGUACAGAUUCAUUCAAUUUUCCCUAGAUAACCUGAGGAAUUAUUUACAGUAAAUCUACCUUUGGUCAGACAUCAAAAGCUAACUGCACUUACAGCCUAGUGGCUCAACCCAGUCAGUGAGGGUAAAGGCUGAAUACUCAAGAAGUAAUACGAAAAUCAUGGCUACCUAGCGAAAAUAGGCUAAUGAGGGUUUAAGUUAAAUCAAUUGUAUUUACAAUAUAGCUCUUUAGAACUAUAAUAACAUAACCCAGAAUGUGCUGUCUUUGGCAGCUAGGAAUCUUAUCACCUCAUUUUCAAUCCCAAAUGCUAAAAUCAUAUAGAGCAAGCCGAUGUAUUUUGAUGCAAAUAAACAAGCUUCUUCUAAAAUGCACAUAUUCAUCCAUUUAGACAUUCUGUCUGGGCUCUUUAAGUCAUCUCUCUGAAAAGUGACUUUUGGAGGUUGUGAUAAGUCCAAUGGUUAGGCAGGCCCAACACCCACGCGUUGACACACGUGAUACUCUAGCUGCAUCGAUGAAUGCUCUUAUGUACAUCCGUUUUUAGAAUUCACUCUUUUAGUUCCGUAUAAAAGAAGAUUCAUAUGUGAGCCAGUGUUUCCAGUCAUGUGGCCGUGGCUGCACUCAUCAACGAUCGGUCACAGCCAACCUGUCGAUAUUGUAAUCCACUCGUAUUUUGUACUACUUUUAUUUGUUGCCUAGUAGACACCACACUUCAUGUUACUGUUGGCUUCACACGCUUACCUUUGUUCACAAAAGCACAUCCCACUUCAGCUGUAGGGAGAGGACAAGGGCCAACGUGCACCAGAUUCACUUGUGCAAGCCAAAGACGUGUUGAGGUCUCUGUGUUUACGUGAUACGCACAAGGAAACCUCAACAAGGAGCAUUCGGUUAGUGUGGUCACUAUCUUUUCUGUUGGUUGGUUGCAGAGCAGGUGGUCUGGAAGGGCAUUGCAAUAGUAUAAACCAGUGUAAACACUUAGACAUAGUAGAGUAUGAGGUAGUGCAAAAACAUGAAAGAUCACGUUUAUCCAUCAAAUGAUUUAAAUAAUUACCCAUCUCCCGUCCUUCGUCAACAUGUUUUUUCUGUCGAUACUGUUUGCAUAACUGCUAUGUCUAUGUGCAGCGCUAGCACUCAAGGGGAAUGCCCUUCUAGGGCAUGAAUCUGAAGGCGUUUAGGCGGUUUGAACCAAAAACACUGUUGUUUAUUUUCUAUUAUGUGUUAUUUCUGCUAGAUGCGGGGCCUAUGUCCUUGCAACCAUACAAUUUUAGCAUGUAUGUGCAUUGUUUGAAUGCUAAUAACCUUUUUUUCUUGUGACAAAGGGAAAACCAAAACAAAGUAUCAUGUUUAAAACAAGACACGUGAGACUAGUAUGUUUCUGUUACUUCACAGACUUCAAUAUUUAUGUUUUGCUCUAUUAUCUUGCACUUAACACUUGUAGCAAUACCUAUAGAAUGGGGGAAAUUAUGCGAUUCACAAGUAUUUGUUAAGAAAAUACUACAUGUUAUUCCUGGUAAUUGUUUGAUUUUGUAAAAAAAAAAAGAAAUAUGAGUAUAUGCUGUACAGAUUCAACAAAUAUAUUACAACAAAAACGUUUUACAAAAAUAUUUAUUUUUACUGUUUUGUAAGUUAGACACAAUACUGUAGCUCCUCUAUUGCCAGAAUAAAUGGAAGUGCCUCUUGACUGUGUAUAACAAACUAACUAUACAAUAUACUGAGAUUAUUAGAAGCUGUCACUAGCAGAACAGUGUUGAUGUUGUAAUGUGAACAUGGUUUAAUAACAUUUAUAAAUGAUAAACCUUUG